GACCCUCAGAGACGCAUCAACCUGAAGGUUAAUAUACUUGUUGUUUAUCCUUGAUGUUGGAUCUUUGCAUUUUUCAUCUAGUUUGCUGAAUGAGUCACUGUGACCAAGAGACUUUAAAUGUGGAACAAACAGAAUUUACAGUUGGUGAUGUUGUAUAUGUUGGUCCUGGGACCCAGCGGAUAGGUAAAAUAGAAUUCAUCGGAGAGACGCAGUUUGCCAGUGGAGUGUGGAUUGGUGUGAAUUUAUUUUCACCUUGUGGAAAGAAUGAUGGUUGUGUCGAUGGUGUGAAGUAUUUCACUUGUAGUCCAUUGCAUGGAAUAUUUUCUAAGCGUGGUAAUGUCAGACUUGCACCAAACCCUCUACCUGAGGAAUCCUGCUCAAAAGUUGGUUCAACAAUUCCUGAUAAAGUGCCAGACAAUCAAUCAAAACAAAACAGCGUUUUAGAUGUCGAUAGUGUCUGUUCAUCCAAGGUGUCUCUAGUGAACUCUCCUGCCUGUGCAUCUGGACGAAAUACUUUGCAAAUUGGUGAUCAUGUUCAGGUUUCUGGAGGUCGAAUUGGUAUCCUCAGAUAUCUUGGGCCUACAGAGUUUGCUGUUGGCGAAUGGGCUGGUGUUGAGUUGGAUAGCCCUAUUGGGAAGAACGAUGGCUCAGUUUCUGGCGUACGAUAUUUUACUUGUAAACCAAAUCAUGGCUUGUUUGCAGCCGCUAAUAAAGUUGUACCUGCCGGUAGUAAGGCUGAAUUUUUCACAUCUGGUUUUGAUGCAUCAAAAAACAGUCAAACUCGCCGGAGUCAAGAAUCGUUACUAUCUUAUUCAUCCAAUUUGAGUUCAGUAUCUCGCUCUUAUCGUCUAAAUCAAGUUAAUAAUGGUUUACAGAGUCGUAAUGGUGUAGCUGGUAAUCGAAGACCGAUAUCAUCAAUGAACACUCCAAAUCGUCGAGAAUCUACAUCUAAUUUACAAACACUACAGCGUUUAGUCAAGGAAAAAGAAGCACAUAUCGAGAAACUUUUACAAGAACGUGAAAUGGAACGUUCUGACUUAGCUAAAGUUACUUUAGAAAGAGAAAUGGCUCAAGCUGAAACAUUGAAUCAGCAAGCUGUGAUACAACAAUUGAACCAACAAUUAGAAAAUAUGGAAGCUGUUCUUCAACAUUUACGCGAUGAACAUGAGCAAACAACAAUUAAGCUACAUGAAGAACGAAAAAAUCUUGAAGAUUUACAAUUUCGAAUAGAAGAAGAAAACAUUGACAAGAGCACAACUGAAUCACAGAAUGCAGACGAUGAAUCGAAAAUAUUUGAACUGGAAGAAGCUUUAAUGUCAGCUCGUGAAACGAAUGAACGUAUGGAAUUAGAAUUAAAUAAAUUACGAGUAGAAUUAAAUGAUCUUUUACAAAAACAAACGAAUGUGUCAAAUCAAAGUGAUGAAAACAAAUCUCAAAUUCAGGGAAAACCAUCUCUCCAAUUCACUGGGCUUGUAUCUGAGACAUCUAUUACUCCAACUGAAAACGAAGGCGAGUCUUUCCAAAAUGAAUGUGAACGGUUGCGUAAUUUGUUGGCUGAGCGUCAGGCUGAAGCAGAAAUUAUGCUAAAGCAUCAAGCUGAAACAAUUGAGUCAUUAACGGUUGAGUUUAAUGGACAAGUUGAAAAACUAAAUUGUCAGUUGCAGAACUCUUCAAAUGAAAUUCAAGCAUUCAAAAACGAGAAUAAUUUACUGAAACAACAGAAUAAUGAAUUAGUCCUAAGUUUAAAGAGUCAAAUUGAUCAAUUAAAUAAACAACUGACAGAACAAGAAAAAAUUGCUAAUGAAAAAUUAUCCAUGUUUGAAAAUCGGAUUAAAGAAUUGAAUCAUUUAUUAGAAGCAGAGAAAACUAAAUCAACUUCAUCUUCUAAUCAGUCCCAGAUGACCAGUGAAAAUUUGAACAAACUAAAAGACCAACAAAAUAAAACUAUGCAAGAGUUAACUGAUUAUCAGAAUAAUGUUUUAUCGGCUGCCGAAUCAUUUCAUUCUGUACAAAUAGAAGAAGUGAAUAAUUUACAAUUAAUUAACAAAAUCAAUAAUGAUGAUGUUGAUGCUGUUACUAAUCAAGAGACUAUUCAGUUAUUAUUGGAAAAACUUAAAGUACAAGAAGAACUAUUCAAUGAACAAAAAGAUCAAUUGCUUAAUAUUCAACUACAAACUAUAGCACUGAAUCAAGAUAAAGAGAAUUCUAACAAUAAACUUAAUGAGGUUGAAAAUUAUUUAAAUAAAUUAAAAAUAGAAUUGAAUGAAUCUAGAAUAAAACAAGAAGAAUUACUUACUGAAUUAAAUAGUGCCCAUUUGAAACGUGAUCAAUUAGUUGAAGAUAUUUCUAAAGUUCUAGGUGAUUUAUCUUUAACUGGAAAUGCAGAGAAUUUAUCAACAAUUUUAUGUAACCGUAUUAAUGAUUUAAAAGAACAAAUAUCCGGACAGGAAAACGUUCGUCAAGAUUUAGAAAAAUAUUGUCAAACACUAGAAAGUGAGCGUAAUGAUCUUGAGAGUGAGCUGACAAGAGUCAAUGUGACUUUGAAAAAUUCCAGUGAAAUACAAAUGGAUAAUUCAACCUUGAAAGAAGAACUUGAUAAUGCACGACAAAAGAUGUUUUCAUUAGAGAAAAGUGCUUCUAAUGCAUUUAGUCAACUUGAAAUCAAGUCGAAUGAAUUACAAACUAUUCAAUCACAGUUGGAUAAAGUUCUAAAUGAACAAAUGGAGCUUGAGAAAGUACACAGCCAUACCAUAACAGCUUUAGAAUCUGAGAAACAAGUAUUGUUGGAGCGAAUUAAAGAGGCAGAAAAUCGUUUACUUGAACACCAACCAAAUUCGUCAACUGAGCUUACAAAUCAGUGUGGACAGUCUGAUAUAAACCGAUUAAUUGAAGAAAAGGCUUCAACUGAAUCACAAGUGAAUUUUCUCAAUUCCAUCAUUGUUGAUCUACAUGCUAAAAAUGCUGAACUAGAAUCUCGUGUACGAGCAAUGCUUGUUGGAACAGAUGAACAACUAGAAUUUCUUUAAAUAUUCGUGUAUGUUUAUUGUCAAAUCUUUUCUACGAUUGUUUUAUUUAUUGUAUGUAAAUAAGUUUCUUUUGGAUACUAUGCAGUGAUCUUCUGUAUUGUCUGCAAAUCGCUUAUUUAAAUGAACGCUACUCGAUAAGCAUUGAAUAAUCUAUGGCUCUUCUACAUAAAUACUAUUCAUUGUCCAUAAAUAAAAGUUAUAUACUGUGAAAGUAUUAAUGAAAUCUUUGUUUUUUACUCAAUCACAUAGGAGUAAGUUACUUAAGAAAACCGUACGUAUGUUAAAAGAAUUCGCUGUUUUCAAAUGGAAAAUUACUAUUUUUACCAUUAUCAUAAUGUGUAUUGCUUUGCACAACUGUUGAAGUACUAUUAUUGUGGAUUCAUGUAGACUUUGUAAAAUUUGUAAGCGAUCUUCAUACUGAGUUAUUGAUAUUUACUUUUUCCUAGAUUAGUGCUUCUAAGUAGUGCACAUUCAAAACUACACAUAGUAUUUAACAUAAAACUCUUCUAUCUGGCAAUAAGCUUGAUGUAAUUGACCUACUGUGUCAGGAUCUCAGUAUUUCAAAAUUUCAACUUUAAUUAAUCCAUGAUGUUAUAGCACUGUCCUUAUACAAUGUUGUCAAUUAAUUGCUGUCAAAAUCUAGUCUCUUGGAAUUCCACAGAUCAUGGAUUCUCAUUAAAACAACAAUGAAUGCAUCUCGAGGUCAUUCACUAAUAAGGUUACUACGGUUACUACUUACUAAUGUGUGAUAGUGGAAGUAAAUGUGAUUGGUUACUGAGUGUGGACAAACAAGCACGCAACUUACUGACUAUUAAAUAUGUGACCUUUUUCCUCUUAGUGACUUCUACUCCAUAAUAUCUGAGAGUGACUGCUUGUUAUUGUGUUGAAUGAAGCAUUGCCUACCAUUAUUCUGGUACUCUAUUUUGGUCGCAAAUCUGGCCUCUUAUGUAACGUCAUCUAGUCUGCAUAUAUCGGGUUGUUCGAGUAUCCAAUCUGGCGGUAUUGUAAAUCCAAUCAUCCAAUCCAUCCUAGUAGCGUGGUAUACCGAAGAGAAAAAAGGCCUAAAAUCGUUCGUUAUAUCACUUACUAAACAAAUUUCAUAUAUCAUAAAACAUAGUCCUUUUUUACGUGUGAAUGUGAAACCAAGAGUUAUUUGAUGGUAGAAUGAAACUUCUUCCGUCCCUUUUAAUAUCGAGCUGAUCAAUUACCUGGUUAAUGUUGUUUACUUCUUAGUGGAAUUUGAAUUAAUUUAUCGUUCUAAGAUACGAAACUGUUUUUCUUUUAAAUUUUUCAACCGGUUGAACAAUUUUAGUUUUUUUUCAUUUCCAAUAUUGUUUCACAUCUCAUUUUUCUUGUAAAAUAUAUUGUGUGCGCAUUGGAGUUCAUAUACUAUUCAUUCUAACUCUUGUCAUAAAUAUCCUUAAGCACAUGCAUAUUUAUUUAUCACAUUAUAAGAUUACAUAUUUAUUUAACAACUUCAUGCAUACACACGGAAUAUCACUGGGAGGAAAACCUACUUUUAUUCUUGAAUCGGACUACCAAAAUAAACAAUGGUAUUUUCAGUCAGCUUUUAAUCAAUAUAUUCGGUCCCAUUUUGAUUAUAUACAUGUUUUUUCUUAAUGGAUAUUUAACUUUCUGAUGUAUAACUCAAAUUAUUGCUCUCGUAAGGUUACAUACCUAGAGGAGUUUUCUUGUUCAAAGACAAAUAAAUAGAUAAAUUCUAAUUGUAGAGAAUCUUGGAGAUUAGUUGAAUUUGUGGUUUGUACUCGUCAUAAAUUAAUCUCAGUUGAGGUAUUUAUACAGGGCCAGUACCAAGUACUCUAUAAUUUUCAAUAAUACGUCGACUGAGAUAUCAAUCCAUGAUCAGUACAACUUAUGUACAGAUAUUACACAUAAUUCAGAAUGAUCUAGUUUUUAACUGUUAAAAUAAAAUUAUCUUUUCAGUUCAAUUAUCUAAUCAUUAUUAUUUUACUCUUCUAUUUUCAGCUUACUUUCUAAUAAACAUAUCAA